CUCUACAGCAAUCAGUUCUUUUGCAACAACACACCAGUAUGGUAAUACCAAAUACUUGAACAGUGUCCGUGACCACAAAGUGCUGUACUCCAGAAAAGAAGAAAAAAAAACCAAACGGAAAUUGACAGCAACAUAAAACAACAACAUCACGGAGAAAUUUGUGUCUGUGAAAAAGAAAGAAGAAAAAAUAGAACCAAGCCAAAGAGCACAAAUUUCCACAAACGGAAAAAGAACAAAAGAAACAAAUAUUGUGUUAAACCGUUAAUUAAACAAUUAGUCUCAAAGCCCAAAACAAAGGAAUUUAUGUAAUAUAAUAUUCAUCAGCAAUAGAAAUUAUUAGUGUUUUUCUCGAGUGCUUAGCUAAUCUCAAAAAAAAAAAAACAACAAUUACGACAACAAAAUGGAUAAACGUUUACUUUUGAAAAUUCUCUCUUUCAUUCUGCUCUCCUCGCUGACGGCAGCACAACAACAACCGACGCUGCCGCAACAGCCCACACAGCAAGGAGAUUAUGGAGAAGAGCCUCCAGAGGGCUACUAUGCCUUUGUGGAAUCACCCAAUGCCAUACCGCCCAAGGUGCGACCACCACCCUACACCCAUGUCAAUGUGGAUUGUAAAAAUGUGGCCAACAACAAAAAAGUUGCUGUUUCGGUGAAUAACAUCUGCGGAGAUUUGAAUAAGGGUCAAAUACCCAAAAAUCCGAUGAAACAAAAUGUCUUGGGAGAACCAUAUCCUUUUGAAUUGAUUCGCAAUCACACUUUAAAGUUCCUUUCCAAGACCUUGCCAGUGCUGCAGGCGGAUGAUACUCUGCCAAAAGUCACUCAAAUAUUGAGAGAUGAUCCCGUGGAACAGGUGGAUAACAAUAACAUUGAUCAGCAGCAAUAUGGCAAUGGAGCUCGCACUAAACGUGAAGCAGUGGCGCCCAAAUUGGAACCCACAAAUGAAAAUCAUAAUUAUGGUUACUUCGAUCCAGCCAUUGAUGAGGAGGAAAGAGCUCAAAAAUCCCAGGGGGAUGCGGAUCGUAAAUCACGUAAAUUCUGUGAUGGUGGUGGCAUUUUCUGUUCCAUUUACAAGGCUCUGCAAGGUGACACUUCUUCCUCGGCCCCCUCUGCUUCACCCUUGACUGCCGAGAGACGUGAGGAGAUCGGACCCAUACGCUAUGAAGGUCCUCCCACUCCCUGCCCGGCCAAAGUGGAAUAUGCCACUCCAGUGUUUGCCAAAAACUACCAAGGCUCCUGGCGUUAUGUUGUACAGAUUCCCUAUGAAGGCUAUUUCACCCAGACCAUUGAGGUGACCCGCUGCAUUCAGGCUAGAUGUCAUUAUUUGGAUGGUGGUUGUCUGUCCUCACCACGUUGGGUCAGCUUGUUGGUAGCUGAGAUAUUCUAUCCAAAUGCCGAAGAUACGGUACCCCAACCCUCGACCACCACUCAAGCUCCUUCGGUACAAGAUUUCCAAGCCUAUCAACAGUAUUUACAAAAACGUGCUGGUGUUGCCACCGGUUCGGAGGGCGCCAAUCACAAUGGUGGCGAUUUCAAUCAACACUGCGAUGGUCACGAUGAGAUUGGUUGUUUCCAGGUGCGUUUGUACUAUGAUUGGUUCCUGAUUCCCGGCUCCUGUAAAUGUUGGCGUCCCGACUACUUUGCCAAAUAUGUGCGCAGAAAGUCUGUUGCCGAUUUGUAAAUUAUGGGCAGCACAUUAAUAAUAUUCUAGUACUCUGCCAAGUCCUUGCUAAAAAAAUUCAAUUUAAAUUUUUGAAAACAAAAUAUUAUCCCGCUCCUACUUCUAAUUUUAAGUUAUGAUCUUCAUAAAAAGUUCCAUUUAUUUAACUGCAAUAAUUUGCAAAAUUUAUAUUUUUAAGUAUCUUCUCCUCUCACUACAUGAAAUUCACAUUCUAAAAAUCCUCUUGACCUUUGAUCCACUUUUGAUAAUGUUCUCAGACAUCAUUGGAUUCUUAAGAGUCUGAAUUUCGUAAUAUAAUUAACCUCAUUAUUAAAAGAAAACUUGUCUCUUUCAAAUCUUUUUUAAGAUAGUAUUAUGGUACGACAGGAAAUGGUUUCAAUAUCCAAUAUUCUGAGCAUAAAAAUUACCAUUUAGUUAUCUAUAGAAUAUAUUUCUCAAUAAAUUAUCAUAAAUUAUAUUAUUUAUAUUUAAUAAACAUUACAAAAUACAAAUAAAUAU